GAAAAGAAGCGUAGAGAGAAAAAGAAAACGCCAACUACCAACUGAUUCCUAAUUCCACCUACUUCUAUUUCACCCCCAAUUUCUAGGGUUUCCUUUCUCUUCUUCAAUUCCCGCGAUUUCUUUCUCUUUCUUCCCUUCAUUCCAGUUCAUCCACUUCACCAUGUCGAGCUUGGAGGAACCGCUUGGUCUUGACAAGUUGCCGAGCAUGAAUACCAUUGAUAGGAUUCAGAGGUUCUCAUCUGGUGCUUGCCGUCCUAGAGAAGAUAACUUUGGUAUGGGAAUCUGCUUUAUUGAAGGACGAAGUUGCAGCACAUCUAACAGCUGCGAUGAAGACAAUGAAGAGUAUACAGCGGAGACUUACCCAUGGAAAAGGCACACAAGAGACAUUGCUCAAUGUCGCACCUUCAGUCAAAAGACUAUGACCAAAGGGAGAAACUCAAUGAAGUUUGGAAUGAUUGAUGAUUCUUUAUCUGAUUUCCACUCUAGUCCAAGGGGGAAUAGCAAAGACAUACCACAUUCAACACAUAAGUUUCUGGGUAGCAUACCGAGUUAUGUGAAGAUAGUUGAAGUUGGUCCAAGGGAUGGAUUACAGAAUGAGAAGAACACUGUACCAACGGCUGUAAAGAUUGAAUUGAUUCAUAGACUAGCUUCUUGCGGGUUGUCUGUUAUUGAGGCUACAAGUUUUGUAUCUCCCAAAUGGGUACCACAGUUGGCUGAUGCAAAGGACGUGAUGCAAGGGGUUCACGGCUUGGAAGGCAUCAGAUUGCCAGUUCUGACUCCUAAUUUAAGGGGCUUUGACGCUGCUAUAGCAGCUGGUGCAAGAGAAGUAGCUGUUUUUGCAUCAGCAUCUGAAUCAUUUUCAAAAUCAAACAUUAACUGUAAUAUUGAAGAGAGUCUUGUUCGUUACCGGGCUGUUACCCGUGCUGCUAAAGAACUAUCGAUUCCUGUUCGAGGAUAUGUAUCUUGUGUUAUCGGAUGCCCAGUGGAAGGACCAAUUCCUCCCUCAAAAGUGGCAUAUGUUGCUAAAGAACUAUAUGAUAUGGGCUGCUUUGAGAUCUCCCUUGGUGACACAAUUGGUGUCGGCACACCAGGAACUGUAGUUCCUAUGCUUUUGGCUGUCAUGGCUGUUGUUCCGACAGAGAAGCUCGCAGUCCACUUCCAUGACACUUAUGGCCAGUCCCUUUCGAAUAUUCUUGUAUCGCUCCAAAUGGGGAUUAGUACGGUGGAUUCCUCCAUCGCCGGUCUAGGUGGGUGUCCAUAUGCCAAGGGUGCUUCAGGAAAUGUUGCUACUGAAGAUGUUGUGUACAUGCUGAAUGGACUUGGUGUGAAGACCAACACUGAUCUCGGAAAGCUCAUGUCGGUUGGCGACUUCAUCAGCAAGCAAUUGGGGCGCCCGUCUGGUUCGAAGACUGCCAUCGCCUUGAGCCAAGUCACCGCCGAAGCCUCUAGGAUAUAAGAUUAAUAUCCGUAACAGCAACCGAGCUCGUCCUAUGCAAGGUUGGCUAUAGAUAUAAGAUUAAUUAAUGUACCAUAAUACAACAUUGUUAUAUUCAAAUGCUUAAAGCAGAAACAUGUCAUUCCACACAUUUUUUAUGCUACCAUAUUAUACAAAUAGAAGAGGAAUAAAAUGAUUACUUCUAUUGAU